AUGAACUAUGGGUCUCCACUUGCCACAGCAUAUGGGUUUAAGUACACACACAGCAAAGUGAAGACACUGGCGAAGCUUUUCAAUAUAUUAACAAAAAAUGAUUUCAGUAAAACACAUAGCUCUUGUCUUGUGUGUGUUGACAGCGUUUGUCUUGCCAGAAAGAAUGUUAAAGACAUCUUUAAAAAUCAAGCCAAAAGAGCUGGAUGCGCUGCUAAUGAGACACCUUGUAAGAAUGGAGAGUGUGUCCAGAUAGACUGGAUCUGUGACACUGAAAAUGAUUGUAUUGACGACUCCGAUGAGAUCAAUUGUCCAAGGGACUGCAGUGGUGAACACCAACUGAAGUGUAACAACGGACGUUGUAUCAGCAGAGAGUUCCAGUGUGAUGGCGAAAACGACUGUCACGAUAUGACGGACGAGACUGGCUGUGAGAAUGUCCAGUGUGGUGUGGGUGAGGUCAAGUGCUCCAACUUCCUGUGUAUUGAGGCGGAGUGGCUGUGUGACGGAGACAACGACUGUGGCAACGGAUGGGAUGAACAGAACUGCACGUCCACCAGUGGAAAAAGAUCUGCAAAGAAAUUCAUGAAGAAACUAGGCAAAGAAAGUGUAUAUAGAAGACAAGCGUCCACAUGUGGUGCCAAUCAGCACCAAUGUCAGAAUGGGGCCUGCAUCCAAGAGGAGUGGGUCUGUGACACUCAGGAAGACUGCACCGACAAAUCUGAUGAGGCCAACUGUGUCACUGACUGCAGUGGGGAACACCAGUUCAAAUGUACCAAUAAUCGCUGCAUAGCCAAGGAGUUCCAGUGCGAUGGUGACAAUGACUGUGGAGAUAUGUCUGAUGAAAUUGACUGCCAUAAGCUUGAGUGCUCCGCUGGGGAAGUCCACUGCGACAACGGGCUGUGCAUUGAGGCCACGUGGCUUUGUGAUGGAGAAAAUGACUGCCGGGAUGGCUGGGACGAGAGAAACUGCACCGGCUCCUGCUCUGCCGCCCAGUUCCUGUGUAUCGACGGCUCCAAGUGUAUCGACGGCAGAUGGAAGUGUGACGGGGACGAUGACUGCCAGGACGCUAGUGACGAGCGUGGCUGCACUUGUAACGCCAACCAGUUUCAGUGUAAGAAUGGACAUUGUAUUGACCAGAGUUGGCAGUGUGACGGAGAUAACGACUGUGGGGACUUCUCGGAUGAAGUUCAAUGUCCGACCUUACACCCGAGUAUCUGCAGCGACAUGAUGACAGUGACUGACUGCGCCCUGCUGAACGAGUCCGUCAACCCCGUCUGCUUGGACCCUGAAGUUGGACACAAGUACUGCCGGAAGUUCUGUGACUUGUGCUUGAAAGACUCUACCGCCACUCACCCUCACUAAGAAGGUCACUGUAACCUACUCAUAUACAGGAAACACCCCUCUCAUAAUUCAGUUAACAUUAUGUAUAGAAUUAUGUUGAUAACCUCUAGGAACUGAUGAACGCAGCUAUAUGGACGAAAGUUUUGUAUUUUUAUUGACGCUAUUAAAUGAUAUGUUCUCUUUAAA